AUGGAUGCACUCAUGAAGGGCUUUUCGAUGGCCAAAGAAGGCAUGGCCGCUGCGGCUGAGAAGACGAAGCAGAGCGUGAGCGAUGCAGCUGAGAAGACGAAGGAGGGCGUCAUGUAUAUGGGCACCAAGACUAAAGAGAGUGUGGCUACGGUGGCGGAGAAGACAAAGGAGGCGGGCGGCGCGGUGGUGUCGGGCGUGACGAGCGUCGCCCACAAGACCGUGGAGGGAGCCGAGAACAUGGCCGCUGCCACGGGCCUAGUCAAGAAGGGAGAGCCUGGGGCCAAGCCCGAGGGCAUGCCUGAAGGUCACAUGGAGGGCAUGAGCAGCCCAGAGGUGGAGGCAGCGCACGAGUACACGGAGGAGAACCAGUACGACUACGGCGAGGAUACGGAGCAGUCUGGAGGCAUGGAAUGACCGCUGAACAUCCGGACCCCCUCCCCGACCCCUUGAUCCCCAUCACCGCUCCUGCCUGCCCUCCUCUCUUCCAACGUCGCCCCCCGCCCAACUCUCCCCCCCCGCCCAACCCCCCCAGGCUUCCCACGAUAACCGCUGCUCCGACAGAGGAGCGACCGACAGAAGAAGAGCGGCGACGCGUAGGAACGAGGAUCAACAAAAAAAUGAAUCGGGGAAACGACGACAAAAAAAAAACCUUGAAUGGAGGAAAAAAAAACAUUCAAUUGUGAACAAAAAAAAAUGAUUCCACUGAGUAACUUCCACAUUCAUAGUGCGUGUCGUGGACGUGAGAUUUUGUGGUGUCUCCUCCAUGUGAGUCAUGUGUGUGAUCGUGUUUGCACGUACGUGUGUGUGUGUGUGCCACGUGUGUGUUUGUGCGUGUGGAUCAAAGUGGUGGAUGUUCUGAGACUCUCUCUGUACAUUGGGGUGGGGUAACCGAGGUCGUAGGUUAAGGGAGGCAGUUUGCCUCCCGUAACCUUCGAACAGUUGGGGGAGGGGGAUACAUCUGAGCCCUCCUCCAUUACCGUAUUCUCCACAUUAUAAAACGACCUGGGAAAAAGGACGUACCCCCACACUUGCACACGGUGUCAGUAAAGUUAUACCGACCUGGUCACACGAGCAAAUACUUAGAUUCCCCGUAUA